GGCAAGGUGUCUCUGCGUUCCUCUCGUCUCUCUGCGCGUCGGCAAGGUCGAUCGCCACGGCGCCCUCCUCUGCCCAACAACCAUCAGGUAAUUUGGGCAUGUGUCAUAAUCUCUGAUAUAUGAGGAAAGAGAAGGUAGUUUCCUUCAUGCCUUACGGUAUUAUGUUACCUGCAUUAAUAAUAACUAAUCACACACAUCACGAUUGCAGUCUUAGAUGAGAUUGGAUCAAUAGGAUUCUGGACUAUUUGAUGCUUUAGAUGAAAUUUUUAUUGGUACUUCAAAGAGUUUGAUAUCUCAUUUAUUGAUGUUUUCACAUACUUCUGUGUUCCAGUUAUCAUGUGUAUGUUUUGUGGUUGCAGUUAGCUUAUCACAGGCUCCUCCAGUGUUGAUUUAUGCAGCAGUUUACUGUUUGUUUCACUGCAGACAGUUAGGGACAUGUAUCAAUGUGUUCACACCAAUGUUCAUUCUAAAACCAGUUAUCCUACCUAUGCUUAAUGAGCUGUUCCAUCCAAUAUCUGUUUUAUGUUUUAUAGCCGUGUUUUUAUCUUCCUCUCCACCCAUGUUGUGUACUUAAUGUACCCUGUCUAUUCUUUGUUACAUACGCCUUCCUUCAAUUCACCAUCGAUGUUUUUAUCGACAUUUCUACCAUCGGCAAUCAUUUCUCUCCAUUUUUCAGUUCAAAUUGAUUGAGGUUUUCCCUUAAAUGGAGGUCACUGACCAUAAUUGACUAUGGAUGGUUCGUAUUACUUUGCCCUAAUUUUUUGCAAUAUAAUCAUCCACUUAUCGGAAUUUAUUGUAGACUUUGUGCAACUAAAAUCAUAACUUGCCUGUGCUAUGAUCUGGCACAACUUGUCUAAGGAGAUUUAGUUUUUGAUUUAUCACCUGCGAAGGAAAAAACAUUAGAUGUUUCAUGAUUCUUUCGUACGAGUGAUAAGGCAGUGCUGCAGCUUUUCUUGAAGAAACAUUUGUCAAAUACUGUAAUUUGGUAUUUGUAUUCAGUGCUUUCACUUAUUCCUAUUAAAAGGCAAAUCUGCUAUUUUUCUUAAAAAUCAUCUUCAAGUACUGUAUGUUGGUGGUUAUUUUAUGGUCUGCCUAUGAUAUGGUGCUGAGGAACUUAUAUUCUACACUGCCCUCCAGUGUCUCUGGUGGAAACCUAUAUUUGAGCGCUUAAGUCUCUAUGCUCUAUCACUUAUUCCUUAACUAUGUGCUCAUUUGCACGGCUAUUCUUUGCAUUCAAGAAUGUCUAUGUAAUCUUCUUCUAGUAUUUUCUAUUGAAGUUCCUCUGUGAUCUGAUUUCAUUUAGUUGGUUGAAAUGUAUUCUUUUUUUUUUCUCAGUGUUCUUUCGGUAGCAAGCCAAAAAACUGCUGUGAUACUGGAAAAAAAAUCUUUGUUAUUUUAUUUGUUCGGAAUAGAAAGUCAGGGAUCUUACAUGCACUCACUUCCUAUGUACAGAGGGAAGCUUAGCCUUGGCCUUCUGCCUUCAUCGAGCAUGCGCCUUGCCUUCUCCGGUGAUGAUGGUUGUUCAGAGGAACUGGCUCUCCUGAACGAUGGCCUCGAAGUUUCAGAAGUUGUGAUUGAAGAAAUACCAGCUGAUAAUUCUGGACGUUCUUUCCUCAUCAGGAUUUCAGAAUCUAAAAGAUUGUACUACUGGUGCGCUGAAAAGUCGAAGGAAUGCGGAAUGGAGCUUCUUGCAAAGAUGAAAAAUCUACUUCAGGGCCGGCCAACCCUCUCUGAUCUCACAGGCAUCUCCAAUUCGCGACUUGAUGCUUUUGUUACUAAUUUACAUGCUUAUCUUCUUGCACCAAGUAUUGGAGAUGCUAAAUUGUUGGGAGCAUCUACUGCCCUCCUCAGUACUUCAAGCUCGCAAGGGCAACUUUUACAAUCCCCGUCAGCCGUUUCCAGGUCUUCAAGGUCUCGCACCUCUGCUGCUAAUGCAACAAAAGCAAACUCGAUCUAUCAAGCCAGUCUGAGUCCCAGGUCCAGCACUUUUAAAGAUGGGGUGCCAAGAACCUCUUGUGCAAAGGUUGUUGGGAGAGAGAAGCUGAAGCGGCGCGGGGACUGGUUGGGCCCAUCAACUGCUCUGAUCGAUGCAAAUCCUUUGAUAGCAAAGAGUGUUAACCCUGAUUCAACCAGUGAAGUGUGUGAUGGGGAUUGUUCAAAAAACAGUAUCACUUCAGCUCCUUCACUAGACCUGCCUCUUUCAUUUCCCUUGCUGCCAUCUCUUUAUCCUUUUGCGACUCAAUGUCCACUCCCUGAGGGUUCUUCAGAGAAUCCAUUUAAGCCUUACUAUUGCUGGUGUCCGCCAUGCCCAUCGUCACUGCAGUACAGUGUAACCCCACUGCACAUGCCAGUUUCAUCUGUAGAACCGUUCCCUCAAACACCUCUGGGCUCGCUGGUAUCAAAUGAAGUAUCAUCUAUCUCAUCAUUUUCUGCAAAGUUGGAUACAAAUAAUUCACCAUCACUUAAUCUUCCAUCGAUACUGCAUGAUCCUUCGCUUCACCUCCCGCUUCCUACUUCAAUUGUUCCCCUGCAUGGUUCUAUGGUUUCAACAUAUCCGUUACUUCAUCUUCCGUUUCCCACUUCGCCAUUUGUUCCUGUGCAUGGUUCGCAGGUUCCAGCAUUUCCUUUGCUUCACCUGCCACUUCCUACUUCACCAUUUGUUUCAUUGCAUAGCUCACAGGUUUCAACAUUUACACCAUUGAUGUCUGAUCCUAUUGUGCAUGUCCCAGUCAUCGAUAUGUGUUCCUCUGGUCAGGCUUAUUUGGUGAGUUGUGGUCCUUCUAUAACUUCAGCUGUUCCCCUGCUCCCUAGCUUGAAGCCUCUGAUUCCAGAAACCGAAUCGUUGGUUGAGAGGAGUGCUAGGGAAACACUAAUGAGGCUUAUAGCUUCGACACCACCAUCUAGCAACCCCCAGCUGGUCAACAUUCUCCCUGCAGUCCUUACUGAUGUGCCUGAAAAUAUUUCUCGAUCUCCUAAUGUGAACAUGCAUGUUGGUGUCCAUCGCAACGACCUACUUCUUAGUUCAUCUUGGGGUGCUAAUGUGAUUGGAAGUGGGAUGGCAGCCAUGGAGCUGCACUCGGAGGAUGAGGUUUCCAGUGGGCAUGAUGCUCAUGCAAUGGUUGCGUUUACGGAAUUUGAUGAUAUCAAUGGAGACCACGACCAGUCCCAUUUCCGGAGGAUUUAGUUUGCACAUGGGGAUUUUCUUGAGCUCUUUGCUGGUACGAAAUGUCUGAAUAUUUUGAACUGCACUUGUUUCUACAUGGUAAUAGGCUAUGUGGUUUUGGAAAUACGUUGAUAUAUGCAGCCUGGUUCCUAUGGCUUCUGCCCAGCUAAAUGGCUGAUGUGGUUGGUAAAUGUAAUUAGUUGUCUGUACUGUAUUUCAAUUUCGCAAACAAAUGCAAAGCUGGUAUUUGCUCGUGCACAACUCCUUGUUUUUAACCCUCCAUUUAGUGCCCGGGAGAUUGUAGCUGAUAUUCUGGAGCUGUGAAAGGAGCUUGUGUUGACAUGUCGUGAACUGGGCUACAUUAUGCAGACAACUUGGUUUGGUGAGAGAUCGGACUCUCAACUUCCGUGUAAUUGCAUAUUCUUAGAACUUUGAAUACAAGGGCUAUCUGAAA